AUGUAUUCAGGAUUAUACUAUGCUUUGGGUAGCAUCAUGUGUACCAUUGGUAUACUAGCAUUGAUACUACUGGUGAGAGCAAUGUUUUACCCAAAGUCAUAUGCGAAAAAGGUGUUUACAGCAACCAUCGUAUUGGCAAUGUUUUCAAGAGGUGUAUACUUUCUCCUCAGUCCAAUCAUUAUCAAUGGUGAAUUGGAUUCAUUUCCAUUAAAUGCGUUCCUCUUUUGGACAUACUUUAUGUUGUUUGUAUCAUGGGCAGACUUUUAUUAUCAGGCAUCAGUAGGAAGAGAAUCAAACUUUUUCAAGAGUAGAGCAGCUGUUUGUCUGUUGACUCUGUUUAUGUUUGGUUCCGUCGUAGCAAUAGCAAUAUUCUUUUUUAUAUCAACAAGUGAUGAUGAGUGUAAAAGAGUUGAUUUAGGAACUACAUUUUUCAUAGCAUCACUUAAUUUAAUAACGGCGGCAUUGUUUGGUAUCUAUGGUUUAAAGAUUUACCAUUUGAUCGAUGAAUACAAGGUGGUUUUGAAACGAGUACAUUCGUGGAAGAUCAAAGCUAUCACUUGGAUUUGUUCAUUGUGUUUCCUCGCUAGAUCCUUUAUGAUGGUAUUCAGUGUUGUUAAUUUAUCUGAUAAUCCAGAUACAAAGGCAUAUAGUGUCGAUUGGUAUUGGUUAUAUCAACAACAACAACAACAACAACAACAACAACAACCAUUCUUUCAUAUAUAUGUAAAUAGUUUAAUUACAUACCUUGAAAUGAACAGCUCUUCUGCAUCCUUGGAAUAUAUUAUAGAUAGUUAA